AUGAAUACCAGCUCAUCGAGACCCAGGAGCCACGCCAACUCGCCCCAAACAGGAGCUGGCGCUGGUGCUGGUGCACGCAAACAGCAAACACCUUCGCCACGGUCCAGCACAUCGUCGCAGAUCAGCGAGCCGGGAAAACUUUUGUCGAACGGCAAGAGCAGUCUGCUGCCCCAGCUGUUCACGUGCCCGCAGCUCGACAUCAACGUGGCCAUGAACUACGUCCUACAGCGGUUCUUCGAGAUGCAGGACGCGCAAUUGGCCCCGUCGUUGCGAGCGCUGGAUCUCGUCGUCGAGCAGACCUACGCCGAGUCCCUCACGCUCCGGCAGCUCAACGACUCGUUCUCUAACAAGCAGUACCGCUAUUUCAACACCGUAUCGCGCAACAAGCAGAUCUCCAAUUGCCCGGUGUUCUGCGUCGCAGUUUAUGCCGCCAGUCGGUGGGGAGGCCACCCCCAGGGCCUGCCGAUCCGUUUCGAAGAUUUCCACAACAUGCCGCUCUUGGCAGACACCAGCAGCUUCGAAGCGCUGGCGGCAAGCAGGGCAGCAGGCGUGUCGCCGUCGCCAGAACAAGAGCCAGAGCCCGCCAACGGGGCUCUGGCUGGCGCCCAGGGCAGGAUUCUGCGUGUCAUGGAGCCUCCUGAAGAGCUUCGAAGCGAGAUCUUUCCCUGGCUCGACCAGCUGCAGCAGGACCUGGAGACGAAAGACCGCACCAACUACAAUUUGCACUCGCUGUGCGAGCUGUUCGAGUAUCUGGCCCGUGUGCUGGUCCAGGAUUUAGCGUAUCUCAGCUGCACCAAUGAGCUGCCGCAUCUGCUGUCCAACGUUCUCGGGUACGUGCCCAGACUGGAAGGAAACUUUACUUUCAAGCAGUUCCGAAACGAGAUGCAUAGAAUGAUAAAUUCGUCACAGUCCAAGACCUCCGAUUGGAAUGAUCAGGUUCUGUCCAAAGUGGAAGAGGGCUACAUAGACAUUUCGCGGCGGUUCGCACUCCACAACCAAUUUCUCCAGGAAGAGCUCAAAUCGCUGCGACACGAGCUGGGUUCCGUAAAGCAGCUGCUUUCAGAGGUCUUAAACACGCAGCGUUUGCUCGUCUCAGGCAAUGCCCAAAACGGUGCAGCUUUCCCAGCUUCUCUGAGCGUCACUGGCCGCGGUUCAGGUAGCGCCGACAAAAAUGGGCUUUCGUCGAGCUUUUUCAACAAUGUCGUGGGCACAGGCGAGGAGCAGGCUCAAACAACGCCCUCGCUGGCGCCAAUAAAUAUGUUCCACUCGCUCAGUGGUUCUGGCGUCGUGGAGACCCAAAAAAGGAAGCUUCCUUUGCCGAACCAGGCUGGGUUCUCGCCAACGCCUAUAGAAUCGCCGUUCAAGCGCUUCAGAUUCGACGAUUUGAAGGCCGGACCCCCCACUCACCAGCAACUCUUGCAACAACAACAAUUGCAACAACAGCUGCAACAGCAAGCCCAGCCCAAUACCAUGAAUGCAACAUUGGAUUCUAUGAUGUCUCGCAACGCAGUCAGCCCCCGAUUAGGAAUAUCUGCCCUUACAAGUGCCCCCAUGUCGUCACAGCUGUCACCCCGCUACGGGAAUUCCAAUUUGUCGUCGCAGCUUCUAACGAAAAGGACACCCUCCAGCACGUCUCCCAAUGGGAAUUCCUCGCAAGAAGUGUUCAAGUACAAGCUGUCGCGCGAAAACAAAACGAUAUGGGAUCUCUACAACGAAUGGUACGUUGGUCUGAACGGUGAGCCGUCAAUCAAGUCGCUGAUAGACACAUACGGCUGGCGACGCUGGAAAGUCGGCGAGGACUCGCAUUUUUUCCCCACACGGCGCAUCAUUAUCGACUACAUCGAGCGUGAGGUCGAUCGCGGGCUGCGCACAGGCAGGUUCCUGAACACAGACCGCGAAAGCAUGCGAAAGGUGAUCACUGAUGACCUUGAAAAAUUCCGAACCACCAACGGACUAACUCUAAACAGCAUUUCCAUGUAUUUCAGAAACUUGACCCGCAAGAACACCGAAAUAUGCAUCUACGAGAACUUUCAAGACUGGUCGGUCUUGCAGAUAGACGAGGACGAAAAGAACAAGUACUGUAAAAGACAGCACAAUACAGGAUCUUGA